AUGGACACCAACUCGAAGUCGGCGACGCACAUGCUGCGUCAGAUCGUGCUGGACGAAAAGGCUGCGCGCCAACCGCGCAAGGUCAUGCAGCGGCGCAAGCAAAACAAGGCGCUAACGCCACUCGAGAAGACCAAGAGGCUGCCUCUAACACUUGAGGGCAUUCACAAACGCAUGCAUGACCCUAUUUCACUGCAAUGGCUUGUCGACGACUUCAUCGAGUCUGCGGGUGAAGGUCUCGAGAGCCGUGUCGAUCUCUUUGUUCGCGCUGGGAUUCCUAUUGACCGAACCCACACGGUACUGGGAUACACUGCAAUGCAUGCAGCUGCCAAUCAACCUGAUGGCCGUAUCAUGGCGCGUCUCAUCCGCGCAGGUGCCGACGUAAACGCCCUGGCAACGACACAAUCGACCCCAUUGCACACUGCCGUCAUGUUUGGCAACCAGGCGUGUGUUGAGCAGCUCUUACGUCACGACGCCGCGAAAAUUCCCGGCCAGGAUCGAAUGCUGCCGUACGAUGUCGCUCAAGAGUUUCCUUCCGAGGCGAUCCAAACAAUGCUUCAAGGGGUCCCGUAUCCGCCAGCGCGAUUGGCAUGUGUCUUGAGCGAGCCUUCAAACUUGCACUUGAGCUGGGAGCCCGGUGUCGCGUCAACCCGACGAUCAGCCACCGCGCCUGCGCCCAUCCUUCAGUAUAGAGUUCAGUGGAAACUCGAGACCGCGGUGGAGCCGAGCACCAUUGUCUGCAGCAAGGCCAACUUGGUCGUGAGAAACCUUGUGCCCGCCACGUUAUACGUCAUUACAGUGCAAGCGGGCAACGCUGCUGGUUGGAGCCGUGACAGUUCCAACCUCUUCGCGACGACUGCACCGUCCGUACCUACAGCUCCUAAAGCCCCGCGUGUGACAAGUGUAGCCGACAAAUUCAUCAAAAUGCUACUACCUGUGCCAGAACCCAAUGGAUUGGAGAUCCAGAGACUCGUUGUGCUCGUUCAACGCACGGGCUCUAUCAAUCUUAGCACGACAGAUGCUUUCAUGUCUCUCAUGGACGUCAAAGCGGUAGACGGCGCGUGGACGCAGCUCUGGGUUGGCGACCCAGCGAAGCUAGCUCUUAAACGCGACGGGUUCCGCGAGUUCGUUGCAUCAGGGCUCACCCCAGGUUGCGUCUAUUUUUUUCGCUUGAAGGCAGCCAAUGCGUUGGGGUGGUCGGACGCUGGCGACGUAAGUGAUGGGAUUUGCACGAACGACGCACCUAAAAUGGUUGAGAGGUCGUCAACAUCGCUGACAUUGAUAUGGCCCAAGCCCUACUCGCCAUAUGACAUUGACAUGUACGAGCUUUCGUACCGGUUCGUUGGCGCGCAAGACUGGCUCUUGGUGCCGUCUACCGUGCACGAUCAGCGCUACUGCGUACAAGGCCUUGUGCCCGCCACUGCAUUCCAAUUUCAAGUGCGCCCGCAUUAUGCUUUUGUACCACUUGGUGAACCUUCAUGGGAGACCCUCACCAACUGCGCAAUCAGCCCGGUCUUUUACACUGAGGGUGCUGCACCCGAGGGCCCCGUUGAUGUCAGGAUGCUCGCACGAUCUCAGACAACAAUGGAUGUAGCGUGGUCCGCGCCACGCUGCAAUGGCUUUGUUGUGCUCACGUACGAACUUCAGCGUCAAGCGAUGCGCGAGCGCGUCGCGUCAAAUCUGCUUUCGGGUGCCGAAACGGACCCGACGGCUCCCUGGAUCACCGUAUCGAACUCGAUUCCGGUUGAGUUUUCGUCCGUGCACGUUCCGGGUCUUGCCGUGGGCACACCCUAUAGUUUUCGCAUCCGAGCGAGGAAUGCCCUCGGAUGGGGUGAGUAUGGAGCACCAUCACUGGCCUUUUGGACGCACGCUUUCUUGCCGCCAACGCCACCAGUUGCCGUCGCCAAGACAUCGUACUCGCUAACGCUUACGUGGAUGGACCAAGCCGACGUGAAUAGCCGCCACGAUAUGAAAGAGCACUUUGAGGUGCACAUGUGCCCGCUCCCAACGUAUAGUCCACUUGACCAGCUUGGCACCAGUGCGGCCACGAAAGGAACGUGGACGAUCGUGGACGACAGGCUCCCGAGCCGAACUUGCGUCGUUCCCAACCUCUCGGCGCUCUCGUGGUACUGUUUUCGCGUUCGCGCGUGGGUUCGACAUCGCGGCUGGACCGAGUUUAGCCUCGAGAGUCCACCGAUCCAGACGCUGCGCCGAAUGUGAGACAAAUGCACUAUACAACGAAAGAAAUACUUACCACGCGUUUACCUUUCUCAA